AUUCUCGCAGGAAAAAUCACCGUUUGAAGUAAUAAUAUAGUGAAUUUGGUAAAAAUAUUGUGUAAAUAAUCUAUAUUAAUCAAUAUUUGUGAGUUGGACGCCCGAUAAUAGUGCAUAUUUUUUAGAAAGUUCACGCAAAAUACAGAAAAGAAAAAAUUGAUUGCCUGUGUAUGCGUUGGACUAAAAACAAAUACACACACACAAACGCAAAAAAAGGUGUACUGAAAGUAAUAACACAACGAACACAAACAACUAACAAGGCAGCCAGCAACUACAACAACAGCAACAAGGCAGCAGUGGCAGAACAACAAGGUUUGGUUGUGUGCUUUGUUUUGAAGUAUUCAUCAGACGGGAGCAGAGUGGUUUCUCUCGACCCAAGCAUUUCCAAUUUUUUGCUCUAUCUCUCUCUUUCUCACUUUUCAAUACUUCUGGGUUUGCUUCAUCAAUUUAUAUGAUUCUCUACAAAAGCUGCCUGUUAUAAUUGUCAACACAAAAGCAAUUGCAAAAAUAAUAACACCAGUAAAGUCAGAGGAGGAGUAGAAACGGUCGUGACUUCACCUCCCCGAAGUUGAUUUGAUUCCUCUCACCUUUUACAUUAUACUUCAUUCAUCGUCAAACACACAUAUACAGCAGGAAAAGAAGUCGACCAAGUGUGUUUGCAUGUGUGUGUGCGUUCAACGCGUAUAUGUGUUCCUGCCGUCAUUUUCCUAAAACGCAAAUUGAAGAUCCUUUGGGAUCAAAUAAUAUCAAAAAGAAAGGAACUAACAACCAAAACUCGAAAACAUAGUAAGGAAAUUUAAACGAAUUUUGUGUGUGCGAAACUAAAAAUAGUUUUAAAUGUUGUAAAAAUUUAAAAUUGUGAUAAGCGAAUAAGUUUACAAUAACAAAGAAAGAUAGAGGAACCAUUGGAAGGAACGAAACAUGGAAAUUGCUGCCUUAAAUUCGGACACACCUGGAGGUUUCAAACAUGAAAAUGCUUUAUCCUCCAAUAAUGGAUUAGCGCUCCUUGCUUCACUUACACUUAAAAAUGCACUAAAUAUCAAUAGCAAUAAUAAUAACAACAAUUUCAAAAACAAAAAUAACAAUAAACACAAAAACAAUAAUGUCGUUUCCUCAUCAUCAAACAACCAUGCCACAAAUUCGACUUUGUCAACCUCAACGUCGACGUCGUCAUCAACGUCAUUGGCAGUGACAACCGCAUCAUCUUCAUUGACCACACACAACCAAUUGCAACAACUACAACAGCAACCACAGACGCCACAGAUACAAGAUUUAAAGUUGUUUACAUUUAACGGAGUCCAAAGCGUGAUAGCAGCCGCAGCAACUACUUCCACAAUAGCAUCCGUAACAAUAAAUGGGCCUGAUCAGAAAAUACAACAGAUUUCGACUUCGAUUGAUGCCACACUAUGCUCCACAGGCGCCAAUAACUCUUCCUCUUCUUCCUCCACUAAGACUUCAACGAAUCAACAAAAACAUCAUCAUCAUCAUCAUCAUCAUCAGACAAACAACACCUCUAGUGCAAAAGAUCCUACAACAGCUUUAAUCGAAGCCUUAUCUAUAAAAACGACGACAACUACUGCAACAACAACAGUAACAAAAAAACAAAACCAUCAUCAUACUCAACAAAAUCAGCAAACAGCGGCAGCAUCAUCGUCGUCGUCAUCGUCGUCGUCCGGUUCCACAAUAAAUCAAUCUGCAGUGACCAAUAGUAGUACAAUUAUUGUUGGUGGUGGCACCAAGAACAAUUUUAAAAUUCCGUCCGAUAUACUUGAUGAUUUGGCCAGUCGUUUCAUAAUCAAUGUCCCUGACAUGGAGUUGAGCAAUAUGAUACGCAUAUGUUUUCAGAUAGAGUUGGCCCAUUGGUUCUAUUUGGAUUUCUUUUGUGCAUCGGAAGAUGAUAAUAAACUCCAAACGUGUGGUAUUAAAACGUUUGCUAUGCAACUAUUUCAGCAUAUACCAUUCCUACACCAACAUUUGUCUUCAAUUGAUAAAAUUUUGGAAGAUUGGAAAAAUUACAAGUUAUCCGUGCCAACAUUUGGAGCUAUUUUAAUAUCGGAGGAUCUCAACUAUUGCUUGUUGGUGCAAUCGUAUUUUGCCAAAAGUUCAUGGGGUUUCCCUAAGGGAAAGGUUAAUGAAAAUGAGGAUCCGGUACACUGUGCCACAAGAGAGGUUUUUGAAGAAACCGGUUACGAUAUCACCGAACUUAUUGCACCAAAUGAUUACAUAGAUGCUGUUAUUAAUUAUCAGUAUACUCGCUUGUACAUAGUGCGCGGAGUUUCGUUGGAAACGAAAUUCUCGCCACGCACACGUAAUGAAAUUAAAUGCUGUGAUUGGUUUCCCAUUGAUUCAUUGCCUGUUAAUCGUAAUGAUGCCAUAUCAAAAGCCAAAUUUGGCUUAAAUGCCAAUUCCUUUUUUAUGAUAAUACCAUUUGUUAAGCGUUUAAAGAAAUGGGUGAAUGACAAACGCAAUGGUGUGGAGACACGUCGUCGGAAGCAUUCGGGCGGCGGUGGUAGCGGUGCAUCGCCCACAUCUACUUCGCCACUGACCACAAUCAAUAAUAAUAUCCACAAUAACAACAACACAGGUCUGCCACAACAAACCAAAUCUAGUUGUAAAAAACAAAAGCAUUUGCAACAACGUAAUAGUAAUAAUAAUAAUAACAACAACAACAAUAACCACAAUAAUAAUAAUGAUGAUAAAAAUGCCUUAAAUGGUGGUGCUUUGGCUGCAUCAUCUACAUCCUGCAAUGGGAAUACAAAUUGUUCCAAUAAUUCAAAUCGUUCUAAAAGACAACGCCAUAAAUCCAUGGGUGAUUUGGAUGGUAUUAAAUUAAAUAAUUUUAACUAUAAUAAUAAUAAUAAUAAUCAUAACAACAAUAAUUGUAAUAAUAAUCAAAGUAUUUGUAAGACAUCAAACAACAACAAUAACUGUGGUUCUACUACAACAAAUCAACAACAACAACAACAACAAUCAUUAUCUUUAUCAACGACAACCGCCUCAAAUAGUGGUGGUAAUAUUAAUAAUGUUAUCAACAACAAUAACAACUGUAAUAAUAGUAAUCAAAAAAGGCAUUCAAAAAUUGUUGCUGCUGGCAGCAAUGUUUCAAACAACAACAACAACAACAACAAUUGCAAUAACAAUAAUAAUGCCAACAACCCAAUAUCAGCGUCAUCUUCAAAGCGUCAAUUGUUUCACAGCCAAAGUCAAUGCAGCAGUUUGCAUCAACAACAAAAUAGUGAAAAGAUUGUCAGUUCAUUUGAUUUGAUACGUAAGGAAAAGCAGCAAAUUAAGGCUGCUCUGGCGAAAUCUCAAAAGCAGCAACAGAACAAUUUGAAUACGAAUGGUGGACGUCAAAGAGCCAAAUCGCAAAGUGAUAAGAUUAGUAUGCAACAAAGCAACAACAACAACAACAACAAUAAUAAUAAUCCAAAUGUAAAUAAUGUUGGCAACAGCAACAAAACACAACAAGCGCCACAACAACAACAACAACGUUUGUUGAAACAACAAUCGAUGAUUGUAACAAAUUCCACAAUGAUGUUGAGUACAAACAGCAACAAUGCUAUUACUAAUAAUUACAACAAUAACAAUACUAAUAACAUCAUCGUAAACAACAACAGCAACAGCAGCAACAACAUACAUCAUCACAAUAAUAACAAAAGCAACAAUAAAAUUAUUGUUAAUACUGGCAACAAUAGCAACAAUAAUUUCAAUACGGGUUUUAAAACACCAACACCACCACCCCUUAGUGGCAAUGAUUUGUUGGCAUUGGCAGCUGCUGCAGCCGCCAGUGGCAUGGUCAACAAUCAUAACAAACAGCAAAAGAACAACAAUACUAAUAGCGGCACCGCUGCCAAUGGUGGCGGUGGGGGUGGUGGUGGUGAUGGUGAUGGUGUUGUAAAGAUGACGCUUAAACCACGUCCUUCAUCAGUAUCAUUGCAUUUCCCAGACAUGGCCUCCUCCUAUAAAAGAGAGCACUCUGAUUUGCAUACAAUGCUGCAGCCAGAGCAACAACAAAUGCCGCCAACCCAGCUGCAACGCAUGGCAUCCGGUACAAAUUUACGUAUUUUGAAAAGAUCAACAUCUCAUCAGCCACAGCAACAGAACCAACACCAACACCAACAACAAAGACAGUCUUUUACACCAAGUUUUAAUUCAUGGACUAACUUUACAUUUACCAAAAAUUUUAUGGCCAAUGUUUUUUGUUAAACGGACUGACAAAGAUAGACAAACAACACAGACAGACUAAACACCAGCGAAAUCUUACAAAAAAAAUCAAGGUGAAUGGUUAAAAAAACAAAACAAUGUCAACACCAAACAAUGCGACGCUUUUGAGGUGAUUCUUCUUUUCUUUUUCUUUAGCUUAUGUUUUUAAAUGCUGGAAAAAUGGUACUGCUUUUUGUUUAUAAUA